ACGCCUUGCAGCAUUAUAGGUUACCAAUAGUCUAGGAUGGGAACUUGUUUUCCUGUGGAAAAAGCUCUUUCACUUUUACUGUGUGAGUGAGAUGACAUGUAAGCUGACUCGUGAUUUGAAACAUGUUUCGUUCGUCGCGAUUGUUGCAAAUCACUGCCUUGUUUGCGUUGUCGCUUGGCGCAGGAACUCUCCUGUUUCUAACAGCGCGAUAUUUGAAACGGAAGCGCCGUGAACCAUCAACAGGAAAGAGCUCAUCGUACAACGAUCGGCCUUUGAGAAGAAAGAGAACUUUCACAGCAGGGAGCUCAAGAAUAUCUACAGCUGGUGAAUCUUCCAGACACACCCCUAGAAGUACAACAAGCUUAGAUAAUGAAGUUGUGUUCCGACGACAUGCAGCAAAUCUUGAAUCAUCAAAUGCUGCAUUGGAUGAUGGUGUUCUAGUUAAUGAUGGAAGGGUUUCUGAAGAUAGUGCUAUUGACCUAGGAGAUGUUAUCACAGAUGAAGAAGAAAUUGUUGAGGAGCUUAUAAAGAGAGGUGUUGAAAACUUUGACAUGGCAUUGGAACAUUGGUAUGAAGCUACAGAUUAUGUGAUGGAAUGGCGGCGUCCAGGUCUCUCUCAGGGAGGAAAAAACUCAUUCUUCCUUAUUGAAGCGGACAAAAAGCUGAAUGCCUUGAUUAGUGGUUCCAGAAAGCUGCGGAAAGUGAUUGAACAGUAUGAUCUCAUGGAGACACCUUUAACACGGACACCAAGCAACAUGUUGACAUGGAUUGAUGAUGGGAGUUUACAGGAGCAAAUACCCUUGGAAUUCAGUGAAGAUCUGGAGGAUCAGAACUCUUCUGAUGCUGAUUCCUUUGUGUCUGCAUCUGAUAAUGCACAGUUAGAGUUUGACGAUAUCACUGAUGAGAGACUUGUCAAUGAGUCACAGCAACUGAAGCUGUUUAGGGAAGCUGUUCUUCAUACAGCUGGAAGUCAUAGUCACCUUGAGUUUUAUGUGUCUGGACUGCAACAUUACAUUCGUCAUGGUAUCUGCUGUCGUAAGAUCAGAACAAAUGAGGUGGGAUGUGAAAGUGACAUGGAGUUUCUUGCCAAAGUUCACUGUGUGAGACAGGCUUCUGAGAUGGUGUUUUUGUCUUCAGAAACACGACAGUGGUUCAUUGAUGCUGGUAGACAAGCUUUGUCAGCUGUCAUUGAAAGUGCAGGCAAGGAUCCAUCUGACUUUCAAGCAGCAUUUGAUGAGUUGGUGGAGUACUCGUCAUCAGCAGAAAACUGGGGGCAAAUCAAAGAGGAGCUGAAUGAGAGAGGAGUGGUUGAAAUUUCGUUCUAUGAUGUACUUCUGGACUUUGUACUAUUAGAUGCAUUUGAUGACUUAGCCACCCCUCCCUACACAGUAGCUACUGCUGUUCAAAACCGAUGGUUGUCAGCUCGAAUCAAGGAGACUGCCCUUACUACAGCCAUCUGGGGAGUUUUAAAGGCUAAAACUUCUUAUCUUAAGGACCCUUACGGUUUCAUGGCUCAUUUCUAUGUAGUGGCGCAGUAUGUUUCUCCAGUUCUCGCCUGGGGAUUCCUGGGAUCAGAUGACAAACUGAAAAUAGUCUGUGAAUACUUCAAGAGCCUUAUCCUUGAUUUCAUCAGGGACUUGUUUGACUUCACAACCUGUGAUUAUUCGUCAAUUGAAAGCUUGUGCGACUCAAUCGUGAGGCUGGCCAAAGAAAGAAGCGAACAGUUAUUGAAUAGCGAUACCUGUGAAACCAAGCUUCUCCAAGCAGCUGCUUCUUUUGAUGAAACACUGAUCGAGGCACCGACCACUCCUAGCAAAGAAGUUCAAAAAAAUGAAGAACACGUCUAAAAGAAGACGUUUUCAAUUCAACUUGACAAAAGAAGGUUUUUUUUUAACCAUGCCGCCGAACCUUGUCAAUCAAAAAGAAAAAUGACUUGCGUGAUGCUAAGAGUGGAAAUAGCGCGAUGAAAUAAUUCGGAUUUCUAAUUUAAGGCCAGUUACGUUGAAGUGCAAGAUUUUGGGAGUAUAUUUGAGUAUAUUUUUAUCUUGGAGGCAAAAUCUUGCUACUCAGUGGAUCACAAAUCUUGGUAAUUAUUUUAAAUAGGAAAUGAUCAUAAGAUAUUUCAUUUUAUUGUUGGUGGCUAGAAAAUUGGACAUCUUACUUUUUCUCGAGUUCUCCUGAUAUUCCUUGUCUAUUUCGUAUCAAGAGUCACUUUUCCAUGCCAGUUUUGGCAAGGUCAGAAGACUUGGAGGUGAAAUGGCUUGCCAUUUGUACAUAUGAGUAACAGUGGAUGUACGGUGUGAGCAUUUUUUAACGAUUCAUGAGUACAGAGCUAUACAAAGAUGCUUGGGACUUGAAACAAAAGUAUUCGGUUUUGUGUCCCCUCUUAAAGACAAUAUCAUUAAAUUAUUUUAGUGUUUCAGA